GCUUUUAGUAACAAAACUCGUACACAUUCGGGAAGACGGUUUUCGCUGUCGAUUGAAUAUGCAUUUGUUGGCUGUUUUUGGAAAAUGGAAGGCAGGGACGAAGUUGGAGUUCAACGUCGAUUCAAGUAAAGGAAGCAAGUUGUUUAUUGUUGACGAACAAGUCAAGUAUGAGGAAUUUCUCCGCAUUAUUAUUGAAGAUUUCAACUGGAUACGCAACAAAAUUCACUCGAGCUUUCUUAUAUGUUGCCAAAACAUAUGAUGGAGAAACUGCCUUCCGACACACCUCCGGUCAUCGUGGAAAACGAUAGACAGCUUGCACACUUAAUCACAUUGUCAAAAGCGGAGACAAUCCGUCUUUAUGUUGCAUUGCAAACAAUCAGUUGUCGUCGUGACACUGCUGAACCUACGGAAGUAAGAGACAUCGGGUUUGUGGAUUUUAAUAAUAUGGGUACAGAUUAUAACAGAGGCUGUUUUCACUCUGCGACGGCCCGCCUCUCCCCUGCAAUGCCGAUGAAAUCCCCACGGUAUUCUCGUCACCGACAGGCUGAUGCGAAAUGUAUUGGGAAAUUAUAUGUUGAUUUCGCUAGAUGUGGCAGUGAUCUAAAACAAAUCAAGCCUUUCCAUAUAAGGCAGUGGAUGAAGUCAGCACGUGGUGUCGACACCGGCUACACGAAAGCGCACAGUGCGUUGGCAUAUGCACGAGAGAUUGUCAGAGGCACUGCUCGUGCUGGUUAUUCGGACUUACCUGCCUAUCUGUACAAAAUAAAGAUAGCCAAUCCAGAGUCCAUUAAUGGCCGUCUCAAGGAUGACAGAUCAUUUCCUAUUGCCUUUUUUGUGGAUGCUAUUAGAGGGAUGCUGUCAAGUUGGUUUGUUGAGAGGCGAGAAGAAGCUGCCUCAUUAAAAACAAAAUUUAGUAAAAAGGUUGAAGGCUUACUUCAUGAAAGACACGGUAAACAGGACAAUUUAAGUGUUCAAUUUAUUGAUUCAAACCGUAGCUUAGUUACCGGUGGAGAAUUUGACUGUCUGGUAGAUCUACAUGAGAGACGUUGUACAUGUAGACAAUUUGAUGUCGAGAAGAUUCCCUGCGAGCACGCGAUAAAAGCAGCAGAUAGUCGGAAAAUUGAUGAAGCUACUCAGGUGGCUGCUCAACACAGCAAGGCCUAUUUGGUUCUGCCACCUGAUGUUAAAGUGCCUUCUGGGAGACCAAAGACGAAGAGAUACCGUUCAGCUAUUGAGAGGGCUAAGAGGUUCAAGCGUAAUCAAGGGAAGAAAAAGACAACUAAUCCUCUACAGAGUACCGCCUGCACAAAAUUGUUGAAAACGAAUCAGUCUUCACCGUCCAAACAGAAGAAAACUUUUGUGCCGUCAACUCUAACACCGAAGAAGACAAACAAGCGAAAAUUAAAUUCCCCAUUUACUCCAAUGCCCAAGAAGAAAGCUAAAGUUUUAAGGCAAACUCCCCAACGCAAUGCCCCCGAGUCGGUUCUCAGACGUUCUUGCAGAUCAAAAUUGAAAGCUUCAUUUCCUCAGUGUACUCCACCUCCCGCGAAAUCUACAACAAUAUCCCCAUCCCCAACGAUGAGAAAACGUUUGUUCCCGAGUGGCCCAACACCAACGAAAAGGACGCGCAUGUGUUCAAAAUGCCACAAAGCUGGACAUUAUCGCUCCACGUGUUCAUUCAAAUAAACUCUGCCAGCUUUCCUUUAAAUUUCCUUUAACCUAGGCGGUGCUCUGCUGCGUCUUAGUUGCUGUAUUUCUUUGAUACUCUAUUAAUUAUGAGACAAAUAUGGUUCUCUAUUAGUAACGAAAAUAGUAAACUGAUGAUUUAAAU